AUGGAGAUAGUAUUAGAGGCAGUAUAUAAAUCAAUCAAACCAUCGAUUACACUUGCAGGAGAGCAUAUUGAACCUGUAUUCAACUUUUUAUUAACUAAUCGUUAUGUUGUACCAUCAUACUUGCUAUGUGUAUUUGGAAAGAGAUUAUACAGUAUUAAUAAGGCUAUGCCAACUAGUCUUGUAAAAGGUGUUGGUGUAGAUCAGGUAGAACAAUUUGCUACGUUGUUGGAGAAGAAUGAAACAAUGAAUACUACUCUAGAGGUACUCCAUUUCAUCUGUGGAAACAACUACCCUAUGCUUAAAAGGUUAGCACAUCCUCGUCUUAUCAAAGCUGUGAUUGCCGCUUCACAAACAAUCACUGUAUUCAGACUUGCAACAGUGACAACAAAUAUGUAUCGUGCGGACCCAGAUACAAAGGAGCAGGCUAUUGAACACCUAUUCUCUGUCAUUCUAACAUCUAAUGAAGAAUCCAUCAUGUUUAUCAUCUCUGCUUUAUUACCUCAUCUUGAAUCUGUUGAUGAUCUUCCAACCCAAGAAUUCAUGGAGUAUUGCAUGAUUGGAGGAUUUCCAAUUCAAAUUCUAGUUGCAGAGGUGUUGUCUAAAUUUCUCAUCUCUCAAUACAACAAUCGUAACUUGUCAAUGCUUUAUUUCAACACUCCAAAACUUGCUGGUCUAUUCCUUAGAUUGAUUUGGUGUGAACAAAAGAAUGAAUGUUCUCUCAUUAAAAUGGCAGCUGUUAUCAUGUUUAAUCAUGUUGGUCAAGAAGUAAUUGAUAAUACUAAUUUGUUGGAUGACAAUGAAAAGAUGGCAGUAUAUGGUUUGUUGAAAGAGGGUUGUUGGACUAAUCAACUAUCAAAAUCCAUCAACAAGAUAUUGGUAAACAAGGAAUUGUUUGUUCAAGAUUUGACUGCCAAUACAUUGAUUUGGUUUGGAUGUGGUAUGGCUUGUGGUUGGAGACAAGGACUAUCAAUCAAAUAUAUUGUAAGUAUGGGAUUAGCAUACUCUGCUGCAGAGAUUACACGAUCAAUUGUCAAAUACUCAAUUGAUGAGCGACGAAAGAGCAAUAUCAACCAUUUGACAACUGUUCUCCUUGCUGCCAUUGGUGUCCCACAUGUUUACAUGUACAUCUCGAUGCUCAAGAUAUCACCCAUUCCAGUUCUACUCUUACACCUUGUAUUAAAGUCAAUCAAACCAUCAAUUACACUUGCAGGAGAGCAUAUUGAACCUGUCAUCAACUUUUUAUUAAAUAAUCGUUAUGUUGUACCAUCUCUCUUGCUAGGUGUAUUUGGAAAGAAACUAUACAAUAUUAAUAAGCAAUGGCCUGAUACUCUUGUACCUCGAAAUAUGGGGAUUGAAACCAUAAUCCAUGAAUAUUCCUCUGCGUUGAGAGAUUUCUUUACAAUAGAUCAAGCUGGUGAAAUACUGUAUGACAUAGCCCGCACUAAUCAUGCAAUGUGUAAAGUGUUGGCCGAUCACAGAAUAGUCCUUGGUUUGAUCAAUCUUUCAAAAUUAAAUAACAAAAAGGUGAUUACAAGGAAGAUUCGUGAUAAGCUCCCUCUUGACAGAGUAUUCAUGCUCUCUUUUGAAGAAGCAACCAACAACAUCUACACCAUCUCUGCUCUUUUACCUCAUUUUGAAUCUAUCGAUGAAAUACCAAUCCAAGAAUUAAUAGAUUAUUGUAGGGCCGGUGGAUUUCCAAUUGAAAUUCUGGUCACUGAAAUGUUGGCUAAAUUUCUAAUAUCGGAAUACGACAAUCAUGACUUAUAUGGACAAAAGAAUGAAUUUCAUGAAUUCGCCGUCAUUCGACAAGCAGCUAUUAUCAUGUUUGGACAUGUUGGCCAAGAAUCAAUUGACAACUCUGUUUACCUAGAUGACUUUGAAAAGUCGGUUGCUAAUAUCUUGUUGGAAGUAGAGCCUGGACAACUAUCAAAAUUCAUCGACAAUAUAUUGGUAAACAAUGAAAUGCUUGUUCAAAAUAUAACUGCCAACGGUUUAAUUUGGUUUGGUUGUGGUUUGGUUUGUGGUUGGAGACAACUAGGAGGAGGUGGAGGAGGACCAUCAAUCAAAUAUAUUGUCGGUAUGGGAAUAGGAUACGCCGCUGCAGAGAUGACAAGACAACUUGUCCAAUACCAAAUCGAUAAACAACAAAAGAGUAAUACUUAUUAUUCAACUGCUGUUCUCCUUGCUGCAAUGAGUGUACCACCUGUAUACAUGUACAUCUCGAUGCUCAAGGUAUCACCUAUUCCAGUACUACUAUUACACCUUGGUCGGUAUCUCUACAACACCAACUAUAUCAACCUAAAACCAACCAAAAAAAUGAUGUUACAUGUACAAAACCAAUAUUUGAUGGAAGAAUAUAGACAAAGGAUCGAUGGUGUCAUCUCUUCAUUCUGUCAAAAAUUAUUACAUUAA